AUGCACGUGACCAAGAGGGCGAAUAUUCGCUUUCCACCUGAAGUAAAUAAGAUUUUGUAUAUAAGAAAUUUGCCAUACAAAAUUACAGCUGAAGAAAUGUAUGAUAUAUUUGGGAAAUACGGACUUAUUUGUCAAAUCAGAGUAGGGAACACACCUGAAACUAGAGGAACAGCUAAUGUAGUCUAUGAAGACAUCUUUGAUGCCAAGAACACCUGCGAUCACUCAUCAGGAUUCAGUGUUUCUAACAGAUGCCUCGUGGUUUUGUACUAUAAUGCCAACAGAGCAUUUCAGAAGAUGGACACAAAAAAAGAGGAACAGCUGAAAAUCCUCCUGCAGAAAUACGGCAUCAACACAGGUCCACCAAAGUAA